AUGGGUUGCGCGCCCAGUAUCCACGUCUCUCAGAGCGGCGUGAUCUACUGUAGGGACUCGGACGAGUCAAACUCUCCCCAUCAGACCACCACCAUCUCCCAGGGAACAGCGGCCACUCUUCACGGUCUCUUUAUUAAGACCGACGCGGCAGACACUAUCCCCUCAGUAAUUGCUUACCAGAGCAGGCACACACGGACCAAUUCCCACCGAGAAAAGAGAGAGAACAGCGGUGGCCACAUCUGCAUUGAGGCGGAGACGCAGACCAGCCACACGAGCGUUAAGGUGUCUGCUACAGAGGAAUGCGUUGGGCCAAUGCGACUAACCCUAGAGCCUAUUCAGGUGCUGUUGGUGUUUGCGAAAGAGGAUUCCCAGAGUGAUGCGUUCUGGUGGGCGUGUGACCGCGCUGGCUUCAGGUGUAACAUUGCACGUACGCCUGAGUCAGCUGUUGAGUGUUUCCUGGACAAACAUCACGAGAUUGUGGUGAUCGAUGGAAGACACUCACGUUACUUUGAGGCCGAGGCUGUUUGCCGGUUGAUUCGAGCCACAAAGCCCUCAGAACACACAGUCAUUUUGGCUGUUGUACCACAACACACCUCAGAUCAAGAGGAGCCUUCUGUCCUUCCUCUUCUCUGUGCUGGAUUCUCUAGGAGGUAUCUGGAGAAUAACAGUGUGUCAGCCUGCUAUAAUGAGCUGAUUCAGAUAGAGCAUGGUGAGAUUCGCUCCCAGUUUAAACUGCGGGCAUGUAACGCUGUCUUCACUGCACUGGAACAUUGUCAAGAUGCUGUGGAGAUAACCAGUGAAGAUCAUGUUAUUCAGUAUGUGAACCCUGCGUUUGAGAGAAUGAUGGGCUACCACAAGGGUGAACUUAUUGGCAAAGAGCUGACAGAAUUGCCCAAGAGUGAGAAGAACAGAGCUGACCUGCUGGACACCAUCAAUACCUGCAUCAAAAAAGGAAAGGAAUGGCAGGGGAUCUACUAUGCGAGGAGGAAAUCUGGCGACAGCAUUCAGCAACAUGUGAAAAUCAUGCCAGUCAUUGGCCAGGGAGGAAAAAUUCGCCAUUUUGUGUCCAUAAAGAGGCCUUACAGUGACAACAACAGACAGGUCCAUAAGAUCAGUCGAGAGGAGCGGUGUUGUGGAGAGCACUCUCAGACAGAAUGCCAUUCUUUGCGUCACAAAGACAGAAGGAAAGAGUCAGUGGACGUCAGGUCAAUCAGCUCACGCAGCAGUGACGCAGCCAGUCUACAGAACCGCAGGUACUCUUCCAUGGCCAGAAUCCACUCCAUGACAAUAGAGGCUCCCAUAACAAAGGUUAUAAACAUCAUUAACGCUGCUCAGGAGAGCAGUCCAGUCACCGUGGCUGAAGCUCUGGACCGUGUGCUGGAGAUCCUCCGUACUACCGAACUAUACUCCCCACAGCUGGCCUCCAAAGAGGACGACCCACACACCAACGACCUCGUCGGGGGGCUCAUGAGUGAUGGUCUGAGAAGACUGUCAGGGAAUGAGUAUGUCUUCUCGAAAAGCUCCUUUCAAAACAUCAGUCAGACUCAUCUGGCCAUUCCAGUCACACUUAACGACGUCCCUCCAUCCAUUGCUCAGCUGCUGGACGAUGAGGAAAGCUGGGAGUUUAACAUCCUCGAACUGGAGGCUGUCACACACAAGAGGCCGUUAACCUACUUGGGCUUGAAGGUUUUUGCGCGUUUUGGUGUAUGUGAGUUUCUGAACUGUUCAGAGGCUACACUCAGGUCUUGGCUGCAGGUGAUGGAGGCAAAUUACCAUGCCUCCAACUCCUACCAUAACUCCACCCAUGCUGCGGACGUCCUGCAUGCCACUGCCUUCUUCCUCCGUAAGGACAGAGUCAAGGCUAGCCUUGAUCAGCUGGAUGAGGUGGCAGCACUGAUCGCAGCAACGGUGCACGACGUGGAUCACCCGGGUCGUACGAACUCCUUCCUGUGUAACGCAGGAAGUGAGCUGGCCAUUCUGUACAACGACACAGCCGUGUUAGAGAGUCAUCACGCUGCUCUCGCUUUUCAGCUCACCGUGCGAGACAGCAAGUGUAACAUCUUCAAAAACAUGGAGAGGACUCAGUUUCGGACAUUGCGGCAGGCGAUCAUAGACAUGGUGUUGGCUACUGAGAUGACGCGACAUUUUGAACAUGUCAACAAGUUUGUCAACAGUAUCAACAAACCCAUGGCAGCCAUCGAAGAAACCAGCUCAAAUAGUGAAGGCAGUGACUGUGAGGGCUCUGCCAACAUAAGGAAUUCUCCAGAGAACAGGCUGCUGAUCAAACGCAUGAUGAUUAAAUGUGCGGAUGUGGCCAAUCCCUGCAGGCCUUUGGAGCUGUGUAUAGAGUGGGCUGGACGAAUCUCUGAAGAGUAUUUUGCCCAGACGGAUGAGGAGAAAAGACAGGGUCUUCCCGUGGUCAUGCCUGUAUUUGACCGGAAUACCUGCAGCGUUCCCAAAUCCCAGAUCUCCUUCAUUGAUUACUUCAUUACAGACAUGUUUGAUGCCUGGGAUGCCUUUGCCAGUUUGCCUGGUCUGAUGGAGCACCUGUCAGAGAACUAUAAGUACUGGAAGACUUUGGAUGAGAUGAAAUGCAAGACCCUACGACCUCCUCCUCCACCCUGA